UGUUGUUAAUGAAUUGUAAAUCUCAAGCUUGCAGCACCCGCCGCUCAAAGUCUCCCUUUUUUUACUUCAGCUUAUCUUCACAUUGUUGGCUCAAGCCUAUCUAGGUUUCUGCGCAUUUUUAGCUCGUAGUUUACAGAAACACAGAAGAGCUGAAUUUAUAGCACUUGAGCUCAGGUGGAGCUCACUGAUUCUGAUUUUAUUAUGGUUAUAUGCAGUAGGUGUGAUAGCAAUUCUGUGUUUGCUAUCAGGCUGGCAGUCAAUAAUUAGCCUGAUACUGGAGACAAACAUUAUUUCACUCUGUGUCUCUUUGUGUGUAUCUGUGUAUGUUCAGUAUAAAGUAUGUGCGUGUGAUGAGGCAAGCACUUCUAGACAAUGAACAGAUACUUUCAGAAAAUGAACAGACAUAAUAGGGGCAUGGGAAAAAAUACGUUAGGCCCUAUUAGGCCCACCCACAGUGAGCUGGCCAGCCUAUCUCUGUCCUCCUCGAUCAUAUCCAGUCCAGAGUUCAUCUAUCGUUUACUCUUGCUGUCAAGCUAUUCGACUCUCCUUUCUACCUCAGCUACUAGUUUGUCUCUCAGAAGAUUCCCUUUUUUGUUGGAGACUGGCAGGACGAGGAACGUUGAUUGUGGCUUGAUGAGCACAUUGCCUGACUGAGAUGUCAUGUGGAGUAGCCGCCUGCCCUGGGGUGCCAGGAGAUUACACAAUCUACGGAGUUUAACUCUCACUGCUUUUUUGCCGUAGCAGGAGUCCUAUGGGAAGGGUGAAUACCGCAGCAGCAUAGAAAUCUGAAGCAUCUUGAAUUCAGCUAAGAGGGUCUGAUGUUACCUUGUUCCAUCUACCACCUUCAGCCAAUAAGAGGUGGAGCUGACAGCGAGGACUGAAAUGACUUGAUUCACAUACGCUGCUUUAACGCAUUGCUCAGAAUGUUAUUUUUAGGCAGUUUUUACAGUGUCUAUAGGAACAUAGACAUAUGAAAAGUUUAUAUUUGUUUUUAAAGUGUUUACUUCUGUCCUAAUUGAUCCAUGUUAUUCACCAACAAUCUUACCUGUUUGGAAAUGUGUUCAAUGUUAUUUCUGAGUACAAUGCUAUUUACCCACUUUGUGAGUAAUCAUUCCUACAUGUAUUGUCAGUAGUUUUAUGAUGGGCUUAAGCAUAUUGACAAAGCCUAAGGUAAAUGUGUUUUAACAGUAGCGGCAUGACGAGAACUGCAGGCAUGAUGCUGCUGCUGAACUCCUCAGGUUUGGAGGACGUGUCGGGGAACAGCAGUCACACUGGACUGGAUAAUGUGGAGCAGAUUCUAGUCCCAGUACUAGACGGCCUAAUUCUGGUACUGGGAGUUGUAGGACACACCAUGGUUAUAAUCAUCCUGUGUGGACGGAAAAGAGGUGCAGGGGGACAUGCUGGACAAGCUCCCCAAAACUCACUAACAGGCACAGGGACGGACAUCCUCCUGCUGGCUCUGAGUGCCGCAGACCUGCUGUUACUCUCCAUGCUUCCCUUCCACACUACUGCCAUAGCCAUGCAGCAAUGGCCGUUUGGGGACUUCAUGUGCCGUCUGGUGGGCUUCCUGGGAUCAGCCUGCUCGUCAGCCAGUGCCUUCACUCUGGCCGCACUGGCCGUGUCUCGCUAUCUGACUGUGGUGAAGCCCGCCAGAGCUUACUGCCUCCUGUCCCCUCGCCGGGUGUCUGUAGCUGCCACACUGCUCUGGGUCCCUGCAUGCUCCCUUGCUGCUCCCCAGCUGGUUUUCCGCUCAGUGGGAACCCCAAAACGAGCACCUGAUGGCCUCGCCUGCUUUGCAUUCCGGUCUCACCAAGACCAGCUGAUCUACGGACUGUUGCACUUCUUCGUGGCGUUCCUGCUUCCACUGGUUACUAUUGCUGUGGCAUACGGCAGCAUCUACGUGUUCCUGUGGCGGCGUCAACAAGUUGGCAGGACGCCUCAAGUGGAGCGUUACCAGAACAAAGUGACCAAGACCUCAGCCAUGCUGGUGCUGGCUUUCACCCUGUGCUGGAUGCCAUCCUACGGCCUGACACUGGCCUUACUUGCAACAAAAAGCUCAGGAGCCACAGGGGCCUCGCCACGUUAUGGGGCUUUCACUGUGUUUGCACGCCUCAUGGCAACUUCCUCUACAGUGAUGAACCCCAUCCUGUAUGUGCUGAUGUCCCAAAAGUUCAGAGAAGAUCUACUGAGGCUAUUCAAGAGGAAAGUGCAGAGAGACACAGGGUCUGUGGCUAUGACUGAUGCAUGAACGAAUUACUACUUUGAUGAAACUACCUGACACACAAACACUGAGCAAACCUGGCAACUAGGAAUUACAAUAAAACAUUUACAAGCGCACAACAUCAUUGGCUCUUUACAACACUAACUGUCAGUCUGGACACUUGACCUGAAAAUUACUGCUCUGUAGCUCUGUAGAAGGAGAAAACAAUUCUGAAUCACGCAUUCAUUGUAAAACAGAUUCAAGUAAACGCACUUUGGUAAAACAUUAACGAAGCACCUGUGUUUUGUUGCGCUGAGAUAAGGCAAAUGAAGGUCUAUAUAACUCUCAUCCUGUUUUUAUUGGUAUACACCCUGUUCUCAAAGCACAGAUCAGGCAUAACAUUAUGUCCACAUUCCUAAUACUGUAUAGAUGUUUCCUUGUGCCUCCGAAACUGUUGUGACUCAUCAGAGAAUGGACAUGGGUCUUCUGAGGAUGUCCUGUGGUAACAGGAUGUUGUUAGUGGGGGUCUUUGGGUCCUGUGGGUUGAGGGGAGGGGCCUCUGUGGAUCACCUACAGAUACUUGAUCAGUUCGGGAUCUAGUGAAUUUGGAGGUAUGUGAUGUCCUGUGAUGAGUGAAAGUAUUUGGGGGAAACACCUUUCUCACCAGGAGGACUGAUGCUGACAACUGCGGUUCUUUAUCAUUCACAAGAAAGUGGCGUGACCAUAAAUGACUUGUGAGAGAGGGAGAUAAAUAACCAGGACUGAUGAAAAAACA